AUGUACAUUCAGACAGCCACACUGACCGUCUCUCUGAGCCUGAGUGCGUCUGUGUCUCUGGGGAUGCUUUACAUGCCCAAAGUGUACAUCAUUAUCCUGCACCCGGAGCAGAACGUGCCCAAACGCAAGCGCAGCUUCAAGGCCAUCGUCACCGCUGCCACCAUGACAAACAAGCUGAGCCAGCUGGCCAGUGACCGGCCCAAUGGAGAGGUGAAAACCGAACUCUGUGAGAGUGUGGACAAUAGUACACCGUCCACAAAAACAACCUACGUCAGCUACACCAAUCAUGCCAUAUGACUGCACAUCCUGAAAAUGGGUUGGCAUGGAUCCGGCAGGCUCCAACAAAACAGGAUCCAAUGACUGAAACCCAAGCAUGAGACAUCAGUGUUGUUUGUGGACAAGAGGAUGGACUCUUGGAUUUUUUUUCCCUGGAUAUUUUAUAAGAAAGCCUAGGCGGACAUCCAAAAAAUGGAGACAAAAGCUGCCAUUUACGUGGGCAGCUAAUAAAACGAGACACUGGCAAAGGGGUAAGAAAAAAAAUACAUAAAGUUUAAAGAAACAGAACAAAUAUUGGAGUCGACCAUGUUACAUGUUAUUCUAAUUGUAAGUAUUUUGUGGUUGUGAAAAAUUUUUCAUUCUUUGUCCCACAGUGUCAGACCUGCAUUUGGAAAAAAAUGCGUUUGUCUCUUGUAUUGGCUACUCUGGUCUAUAACCUUGGGUUGUGAGUGUGCAAAUGCCAUGUUGGAAGCAUGCCAAUUCAACUUUUUAUACAAAUAAUUUAUUUAUAAUAAAGGAAUGUUUUUGAAAUGUGG